AAAUUACUAAAUAAACAAUACUUCAACCCUCAGUGCCCCAUAAAUCCGAUAAUCGUGAGAUUUUUCCUCGAUGAAUGACCCAAUGAACUAAAAUUAAAAACCCCCGCGGAAGCUGUACCCCGCAAGAGAAAUCGAUCGUGCACUUCACCCCGAAAUAAUGCCGCAGAAAUAAGUGAAUAUUCACCCCAGUGACCGAAAAAAAAAAUUGUUAAUAACCCCUGUUCGUCUCAGAUAACGGGAUGUCGUGCACGCGCAGGUGACAGAAAGCUCAAACGCCGGCGCGAACCGAAGCCCCUUUCGGAGUGACUCGGGUGCCCUCGAGUAUUUCCGGGGUAUCCCAACCCCUCUAUAAACUCAAAAAAUCAUCCCUUCCCGUAGCUGAACCCUUGGAAAACCCAUUUAUUUUCAACUAGAACGAAUUGAAUCGAUUGAUUGCACCUGAAAAUCUCCCGUUCGCGGAGAACUCCAAAAAAUUCCCAAACCUGAGGAUGAAAAAUGUCAAAGCAUGUGGGGUUGCACGUGAAUCAUUCGAGAGGGCGCGCAUCAAGCCCCUACGUCACCAAAAGCUCUGAGCUUAUUGGUCCCAGUACCAUUGUUGCGUAUUGAUUGCCACAGACUGUGUUAGUGUACGUAGACUACUUUUUUUUCUCAAGUUAGUGAGUUUACCACUUUGGCUCGUAUCGUUGGUUUGUACCCGCGCGCUUCGCGAUGGCAUGGAUGAGUAAACGAGAGACAGAAAUCCCUUGAGAGAAGAUUAAAAAGAAAAAAAAAAUAGAAGAAACAAUUUACAACCCCCGAGUGCAAGUGGUAAAACAGAGGGUGAUAAAUAAGUGAGACUUGACAUUUGUUUACUCGAGUGAUUGAGAAUUUGAAAUUAAUUUGCCCAAGGUCCUCGGUAGGGGAAGGGUUGAUAUCCACCAGUGAAGCUUGCCUGAUACCCCACUUCGCCCAAUAAACCCUUGUUGCUGUGGGGGUGACUCCGGUGGUGGUGGUAAAACUGGAGUAGGAGAGAACGAUAGGAUAAAGGGGGAAUGGUUUGUACUGGAAGGUGGAUGGAUAAAGGAGGUGGUUUACAGUGGAUGUGUGGGUUGUGUUGGUGGAAAUUCUAGUGGAGGGUUUUUCUUGUCCUCGAUUCGGUGCCAUCUCCUUCGCCACGCGCCAACGCCAGUGCGGGUGUUACAGGAUUGCGUUUUUAUCUUAUCGUCAUUUUACUAUUUCUCCACUUCAUCCGCGAAUUCAAUCGUUACGAUAAUGCAAGUACAUGAAAAACAUUACGAUAAUAGCGGGGGGUAAUUGAUAUUUGGCCCUGAUUUUUUCCACAUUUCCUGGCUGUUGGGGAAAUUUAUCGUUGAGUUUAGCUCGCACUCGAUCUGUGUUUUUGCCAUUUAAUCGGCAAUUUUUUGAGGGUAUCCUGGUGUUCAGGAGGCGACUCGCGCAACCGUGUGACUUCCGGGUCAACGCUAGACGUGGAAAGCGCAAGCGGGAUCCUCACUUUACUGGGUUAUAUGUAUAUAAUACUUGUGUAUGUGUUGUAUGUACCAUUUAUCCUGAUGUCGCACUCUGCCGUUGGUAAAAUAACUGAUGAAAUAUUGCGAGAGAUUGGGUGAUUUGUUGGAAAAUUAUAGGAGUUAUUAUUUUGGUGUUACCCAGUGUGUUAUGUGACGGGGAAAAGAUCAUUUCACUUAACGUACGGUGUGACAAUUCAGAGACAGGAAUUGAAUAAUUUAAUUGUUUACGCGAGCGUUACGGAGAGGUGUGAAAUAAUAAAGUGAAUUGUUUAUUUUGAUUUAGUUCGCACGGUUGGAUGAUUGAGGUGAAUUGAAUUUGUGGAUUAGUACUGAUGAGGUGAAAAUAUUGCGGGCUGUUGAUACAAAUAAUGAAGCAUCAUCGAAUCAAACGUCUAAUGCGUGUGGCUGGCCCAAGGGGCCGGUGAAUGUGUGAUCCUGGGGGCAGAGAUCUGCCGGAAUGACGACGGAAUGCGACGGGUCGACCGAGCGGCCUCCGGUAAACGACUGCCUCACUGAACGAAAAUGGUGGUGCUUCAUAUUAUCAAGUAUAUUCACAUUUCUCGCUGGACUCCUUAUCGUAUUGCUGUGGCGUGCAUUCGCCUUUCUUUGGUGUCGCAAAGAGCCCGAAUUCGCUCCUAAUGAUCCGAAGCAGAAGGAACAAAAAGCCGCCCGACAGGGCAAGGAGUUUGAGGGGACUUUUAUGACAGAGGCUAAGGAUUGGGCCGGUGAACUCAUUUCCGGACAAACAACCACUGGACGAAUUUUGGUGGUACUGGUCUUUAUCCUCAGUAUAGCAUCGCUCAUAAUAUAUUUCAUCGAUGCCUCCAACGAAGAAGUCGAGCGUUGCCAGAAGUGGAGCAACAACACUACUCAGCAGAUAGACUUAGCUUUCAAUAUAUUUUUUAUGGUCUACUUUUUUAUACGCUUUAUCGCCGCCAGUGACAAGCUGUGGUUCAUGCUGGAGAUGUACUCGUUCGUGGAUUAUUUUACGAUACCACCGUCUUUCGUAUCGAUCUAUCUAGAUCGUACGUGGAUCGGGCUGAGAUUUCUCAGAGCCCUACGACUGAUGACGGUCCCUGACAUCCUCCAGUACCUUAACAUUCUAAAAACAUCGAGCUCCAUUCGUCUCGCCCAACUCGUCUCCAUAUUCAUCUCAGUCUGGUUGACUGCUGCUGGUAUCAUUCAUCUGCUUGAAAACUCAGGGGACCCAUUCGAGUUCGUGAAUCCACAACCGCUAUCUUAUUGGACAUGCGUGUACUUCCUAAUUGUUACAAUGUCAACGGUAGGAUACGGCGAUGUUUACUGCAACACUAUUCUCGGCCGCACAUUCCUAGUAUUUUUUCUACUCGUCGGUUUGGCCAUAUUCGCCAGUUGUAUCCCCGAGAUAAUUGACCUGAUCGGGACGCGAAACAAGUACGGCGGCACUUUGAAGAACGAGCGAGGUCGCAGACACAUUGUUGUUUGCGGUCACAUCACCUACGAGUCAGUUUCCCACUUCCUCAAGGAUUUUUUGCACGAGGAUCGUGAGGACGUCGACGUCGAAGUGGUCUUCUUGCACAGAAAAGAACCGGAUCUUGAAUUGGAGGGUCUCCUGAAGAGGCAUUACACCACCGUGGAGUUUUUUCAGGGAACCAUGAUGAAUGCUGUGGAUCUAGAGCGUGUCAAGGUCCACGAGGCAGACGCGUGUCUGGUACUUGCUAACAAGUACUGUCAAGAUCCGGACGCUGAGGAUGCGGCAAACAUUAUGCGUGUGAUCUCCAUUAAAAAUUAUUCGGAUGACAUACGCGUUAUCAUUCAGUUAAUGCAAUAUCACAAUAAGGCCUAUUUAUUAAACAUUCCAUCAUGGGACUGGAAACAAGGAGACGACGUGAUAUGCCUCGCUGAGCUGAAACUCGGCUUCAUCGCUCAAUCCUGCCUGGCCCCAGGAUUCAGCACGAUGAUGGCAAACUUGUUCGCCAUGAGAUCCUUCAAGACGUCGCCGGACACUCAGGCGUGGCAGAAUGAUUACCUGCAGGGAACGGGCUGCGAGAUGUACACGGAAACCCUCUCCCCGUCCUUUACAGGGAUGACAUUUCCCCAAGCCAGCGAAUUGUGUUUCACGAAAUUGAAACUAUUACUCCUGGCGAUCGAGAUUAAGGGUGAAGCGGGUGCGGACAGCAAAAUCUCCAUAAAUCCACGUGGUGCCAAGAUCGCUGCUAAUACUCAGGGAUUUUUCAUUGCUCAAUCGGCCGAUGAGGUCAAACGUGCAUGGUUUUACUGCAAAGCAUGCCACGAGGACAUCAAGGACGAGACACUGAUCAAGAAAUGCAAAUGCAAAAACUUGGCGACAUUCCGGAAGGGCGUGAGAGCCGUUCAGAUGGUCGGAAGAGCAAGUGAAGACUUCUCGUACGCAAACGACCAUCAUCCUCCCCCCACAUUCACUCCGCCAGAACUGCCCAAGAUGGUUCACGUGAGAGGUGAAAUCAGUCGAGACCGAGAUGAUCCAAAUGCCAUGAGGAAUCACCGUAACUCCGUAGGAAUGACAACAAUGAAUUCAACAAAGCAAGUGAAUAAAGUCAAGCCAAAUGUCAACAGAGCAACCAGUGAUAGCUUAUCCAGUCCCAAUCAUCCGUACAAUCAGAGAUCGCAAGAGGAGUCGGCAUACUCUGGCUACCAUCUCGCCUACGAAGUCAAAAAACUCAUGCCUACAAACAGAGCAUCCGGUGGCUCAAAUGUUAAUAACAACGGUGGUCUGCAGAUUGGCAUUGCCGACGAUCAGGCGAAAGAUUUUGACUUUGAAAAAACUGAAAUGAAAUACGAUUCAACGGGUAUGUUCCACUGGAGUCCAGCCCGCAAUCUCGAAGACUGCAUACUGGAUCGCAAUCAGGCCGCAAUGACUGUGUUAAAUGGGCACGUUGUUGUAUGCCUAUUUGCUGAUCCUGAUUCACCAUUAAUUGGACUGAGAAACCUUGUCAUGCCAUUACGAGCUUCCAAUUUUCAUUACCACGAGCUUAAACACGUAGUUAUAGUCGGAUCCGUUGACUAUAUAAGACGCGAGUGGAAGAUGCUGCAAAAUUUGCCAAAGAUUUCGGUUCUCAAUGGUUCACCAUUGAGCAGAGCAGAUUUACGAGCAGUGAAUGUUAAUCUCUGUGACAUGUGUUGCAUCCUGUCGGCAAAAGUGCCUAGCAACGAUGAUCCAACCCUCGCCGACAAGGAAGCCAUUCUCGCGUCCCUUAAUAUCAAGGCUAUGACAUUUGAUGAUACAAUUGGAGUACUCAGUCAAGGUAAACUAGGCUUUCUAGAUUCAAUGAAAAUAAACAAGCGGUAUGUUGAUGAUGUUGUUUGCUCAACAGUUGGCAGCCCCAUUGUACUGCAACGACGUGGCUCAGUUUACGGUGCAAACGUGCCAAUGAUCACUGAACUCGUAAACGACAGUAACGUACAAUUUCUCGACCAGGACGACGACGACGAUCCCGAUACGGAGCUCUACCUCACCCAACCGUUUGCAUGCGGCACUGCCUUCGCUGUCAGCGUACUUGACUCUUUAAUGUCUACGACCUAUUUCAAUCAGAACGCACUGACACUAAUCCGAUCGUUAAUCACUGGAGGAGCGACACCCGAAUUGGAAUUGAUUUUAGCUGAAGGUGCUGGAUUAAGAGGUGGUUACAGUACGGCGGACAGUCUGGCAAACAGAGAUCGCUGUCGCGUAGGUCAAAUCUCACUGUAUGAUGGGCCUCUGGCCCAAUACGGUGAGGCUGGCAAGUACGGCGAUCUCUUUGUUGCGGCAUUGAAAUCAUACGGAAUGCUGUGCAUUGGUCUGUACAGGUUUCGCGAUACGAGUUCGUCUUGCGAAGCCUCGUCCAAGCGUUAUGUGAUCACAAAUCCACCCGAUGACUUUACUCUAUUACCUACGGAUCAGGUCUUCGUGCUUAUGCAGUUCGACCCUGGCCUCGAGUAUCGACCGAACAGAGGGACACGAGGAAAGGACGAUGCCUCCUGACUGUUGCUGUGUAGCGCCCUCACAGACGGACCCUAUUCCUACAUUUAAUUCCACGUAGGAAGGCUGUCGUGCCACCUUGUCAUCCAUGAAAUAUAUCUGCGUCUUCAUCAACCCCCGGGGCCUCAACCCCAUCACAACAAAUAGUUAUUCUUUCUCAUUUUUAUCACACAAACCUAUCACCUUUUUUUCCUUCAAACAAAUUUGCACUUUAACAAUUAAUGAGGACUCUACUGGGCUUCUGGAAACUUCAGAGAUUUUCAAGUGGUAAUCUAAUGAAGACGAGAGAAUUAUUGAACGGUGGCACGAUUGAGGGUCUGGAGGGCUGCUACACGUUGCCAAUGUCACGAGGUUAAACUAUGAUUAAAAUAGAAUAGGCACGAAGGACAAUUUAUCAAUGGAGGUGCAACACUCACGUGCGAAUGCCCAUGGGUAAUCGAAGAUGGUCUAAUCAGCGAUGAGAUAACAAUGAAGAAGACAAUCCUCGCCAGCAGUUAGUCGUCGCCACGUAGAACAUCCUCUAGGUGUCAUCAUUCUCGAUCAGGCUUGACAAGAUGGACGAAUUCAUCGCUGUUAAUCUAAAUCACUCAAUCAACCAGAGACACUAAUUGUGAUUAAUCGUGAUGACAAACUGGUAGAGUGUGAACAGUCAUUGGUAGAACCUGAAAAGAAAUAAUUCACGGAGAUGAAUGAAAUCAAUGGUAAAAACGAUAGAUGAGAGUGCGCGGGACUUAUUCAUGUAAUCUUUACCUCGUGUGUCUUGAUUAACGAUUAAAAUCCACAAAUGAAGAAUAUGUGAACUCUGAAUGAAGCACUUUGUACAGGUAUCUUACGUAUAUGUACGUAUUUUCACCCUGAAAAAUACUUACAAAUUCGUAAAACAAUUAAUUAUAGAUAAUUACGAAAAAUGAAUUGCCCUUUUCCACAAAUGACUUUGAGUAAAAAAAUAAAUAAUUAAAUAAUAAAAGGAAGAAGAAAAAAACAUACAGAAUAAACAACAAAUUACAUAAAACAUCAGUUAUAUAUCGGUAUGUAUACAUCAUAGGUACAUAUUCGUAUAUAUUAAUUAUUAUACAUGAAGAUACAAGAAAUCAUAUAAAUAGACACUCUCUCUUUUAUAUAUUUUUGUGAAACUCACGUGUGUAUAUAUACGGGCGGACAUAUUAUACAUAAAUUAUAACAAAAUAAUUAUUAUAAAAAAUAACCGAGAAAUGAGAAUACACAGUUGAGCGUUUCACAAUUGCGUUGGAGUGUAAUGUCAUUAAUUUGCAGGCAAAAAUGAAUAAUUCAACAUCACAUUUGCAUUAUUGAGAAACAACUCUACGAGAAAUAUAAUAAUUUGAUAAAAUUUCUGCGCACGUUGAAAUUCACAUUCAUACCCAGGACUGGGAAAUGGGUUGGGGGGGG